UUCUUUCCUUAAGGAGGAAGCCAAUGGGCCUUUCCUCGCCAUCUCAUCGUGCAACCCAAAAAAAGGGGAAAGAGAAAAGGAGAAGCGAAGUUAUAAUGGGGAAAGCACGAUCACGAACUGGGGGCUCCAAAGUGUGAGCGGCAGAGACGAGAAGCGGACCACGACCCCUACUUAAUGGAGCUUUUCUCGGAUCUGGGUCCCGCGGAGUUCGGUGGGGCUUACUCCCAAGUGGCGACAGACAAGGUUUCAGGGAAGCUGAGUUCUACUCUCUCAUGGGUGAAGAACACUGUCAGUCAAAUGGCCAGUCAGGUGGCAAGUCCAUCUGCCUCAUUACACACUACAUCCUCCUCUACCACACUCUCUACUCCAGCAUUGUCUCCAUCAUCCCCAGCAGAGCUGAGUCCUGAUGACUUAGAGUUGUUGGCUAAGUUAGAAGAACAAAACAGAUUGUUGGAGACAGACAGCAAAUCAUUGCGAUCGGUAAAUGGAUCAAGAAGGAACAGUGGUUCCUCGCUUGUAUCUAGCUCAUCAGCUUCUAGCAACCUCAGCCAUCUUGAAGAAGACUCCUGGAUCCUUUGGGGGAGGAUUGUAAAUGAGUGGGAGGACGUCCGCAAAAAGAAAGAGAAGCAAGUUAAGGAACUUGUUCGAAAAGGGAUACCCCAUCAUUUCCGAGCAAUAGUUUGGCAGCUUUUGUGCUCAGCUCAAAAUAUGCCAAUUAAGGAUCAGUAUUCAGAACUCUUGAAAAUGACUUCACCUUGUGAAAAGCUUAUCAGAAGGGAUAUUGCUAGAACAUAUCCUGAGCAUGAUUUUUUUAAAGAAAAAGACAGCCUUGGGCAAGAGGUUUUAUUUAAUGUAAUGAAGGCAUAUUCUUUAGUAGAUCGUGAGGUUGGCUACUGCCAAGGAAGUGCUUUUAUUGUUGGAUUACUUCUUAUGCAGAUGCCAGAGGAGGAAGCAUUUUGUGUAUUUGUUAAAUUGAUGCAAGAUUAUCGGCUUAGAGAACUCUUCAAACCAAGUAUGGCUGAGCUGGGCCUUUGUAUGUAUCAGUUCGAAUGUAUGAUACAGGAGCAGCUGCCAGAACUUUAUCUGCACUUCCAAGCCCAGAGUUUCCAUACCUCCAUGUAUGCUUCCUCAUGGUUCUUAACUAUUUUUCUUACAUCUUUUCCACUACCAAUCGCAACAAGAAUAUUUGAUAUAUUUAUGUCUGAGGGUUUAGAAAUUGUGUUUCGAGUUGGUGUAGCAUUGCUGCAGAUGAAUCAAGCCGAAUUGAUGCAACUUGAUAUGGAAGGGAUGUUACAGCACUUUCAGAAGGUCGUGCCGCAUCAGUUUGACAGUGGGCCAGAUAAGUUAAUCCAAGCAGCUUACCAGGUCAAAUACAAUGCAAAAAAGAUGAAAAAGUUGGAAAAAGAAUAUACUACUAUAAAAACAAAGGAAAUGGAGGAACAAGUUGAAAUUAAGAGAUUGCGGACAGAAAACAGACUCUUAAAACAACGCAUUGAAACACUAGAAAAAGAAAGUGCUUCCUUGGCAGAUAGAUUGAUACAGGGACAAGUGACAAGGGCCCAGGAGGCUGAGGAAAACUACCUCAUAAAACGGGAGCUGGCCACCCUCAAACAGCAGAGUGAUGAGGCCAUGACUAAACUGGAGCAAGCUGAGAAUACCAUCAGGGAGCUCCAGCAGAAGCAGCAAUGGCACAAGUGCAGUCCCCGCUAUAGUGAAGACUUCGUGCUGCAGUUGGAGAAAGAAUUGGUGCAAGCAAGACUGAGUGAAGCAGAAUCCCAGUGUGCCUUGAAGGAAAUGCAAGAUAAGGUUCUUGAGAUGGAAAAGAGGAAUACCUCUUUGCCUGAUGAGAAUAAUAUUGUUAGUCUUCAAGAAGAGUUGAUUGCAGUGAAGCUAAGAGAAGCAGAAGCUCUGAUGGGUUUAAAAGAACUUCGACAACAAGUUAAAGAUUUGGAAGAACACUGGCAGCGCCAUCUAGUUCGCACUUCUGGAAGAUGGAAAGAUCCACCUAAAAAGAAUGCUGUAAAUGAACUGCAAGAUGAACUAAUGACAGUCAGACUCCGAGAAGCAGAAACUCAAGCAGAAUUGAAAGAGGUAAAACAAAGGAUGAUGGAAAUGGAAACACAGAACCAGAUAAAUAGCAACCAUUUACGGAGGGCAGAACAAGAGAUUACCCAUCUUCAAGGGAAGGUUGAACAUCUCUCUGCACAAAACAAAGAACUUCUGGCUCAGCUAACUGAAUCGAAGCGAAAGCAAGCAGAGAUUGAAUGCAAGAAUAAGGAAGAAGUGAUGGCUGUAAGACUCCGGGAAGCAGACAGCAUAGCAGCUGUGGCAGAACUCCAGCAACAUAUUGCAGAACUAGAAAUCCAAAAAGAAGAAGGAAAAAUUCAGGGGCAGCUUAAUAAUUCUGACUCUAGUCAGUACAUUAGAGAACUGAAAGAUCAGAUAGCAGAGCUGAAUCACGAGAUCAGAUGCCUAAAGGGCAAGAGAGCCUUUUCAGGCCCACACACUUUUGAUGGAAUUCAUAUUGUGAACCAUUUGAUAGGAGAUGAUGAGUCCUUGCAUUCAUCAGAUGAAGACUUUAUAGCAAACCAUGUUCAGGAGCCUGAAGUCUGUUUUCACUUGAGCAGGACUGCAAAGAUGGGCUUGAAUCCAACUGUGGUGGACAGUAGUGACAGUGAUACUGAGAGCACUGAAGUUCUGAGCACAAUCCCACAGAAAGAAAAGAACCAAAAAAGAGUAGAUUCUUAUUCUACGAUGGUGUGAUCACUGUGAAUGGUAUUGGCCUUCAUUCUCUAGACGCUUUCUCCAUGCUCAAGUGAUUCAAUAUUCUGUUCUUGGACUGACUGGUUCUUGCAUCUUAUCUGACGUGUGCUGUGACGCAUCUUACCAUCUGCAUCUGCCAAAUCUUUGUCCCCAACUUCUUGUUGCCAUAGAGUAGACUGGGAAGAAGCUGGAUGGAUGAUAAACUCUAACAGUAUUAAUGACUAUUUCCUGUAUGCUUCUCAUGCUAGAAAAUGCACACUCACACUUUCUUCCUACUCAAGAAAAUAACUGCACUUUGCAAACAUGAGGAAUCCAUACUCUUCAGAAUAAACUAUUCUUGUGCAAUAUUUUAAUGCUCUGUGAACAAAUAUGAUCUUUUUACAUAAAAGUUUCCAAUAAAGAGGGGAGGGUACAGGAUGAGUUUAUCAGAUAUGGUACAUAUCUGAGUGUCUUGGGUGGCUUAUUUUACUUAAAUAACUUCUAUUAUUGGAGACCACUGAGGUUUCCAGUCUACAGCCUUUACUUGUGCUAUUUUAUACAUUAAUUCAUGGUCACACUUUGUUCUAAAGGAUUAAAAAACACUUUUGUCAAUUCUUAUGUGCAUCUGCUUUUGAUGUGUUGCUAAUGAAACUGAUCAAUGUAUCUUAACUACAAAUGUCUAUUUUGUAUAUAUUUAUAUAUAUCUGCCUUGCAUAAAAAUGUAUAUUGAAUUUUGUAUGGAAAGUGUAAAUGUUGCAAUAUGGCUGGUCUUAGCAUUUUAAAAGGAAAAUGAAAUUUGUGUAAGCAAGUAAAAUUGGGAACUGUUAAUGGGGGGUGGGAAUGGCAAACAACACUAAUUCUAGGUUUAAAACCUCAACUUACCAAAUGAUACACAGGUUCAUGUUCUAUUGAAAUGUGUUACAAAUGACACUAUUGACUGAAAUUUUAACUUUGUGUAUAUGUAACUAUAUAAUAAAUUUUUUCAUGAUUUAACAUAUGCAUAACA